AUGGUGUCAUCAUCCUCGAAUGGCUCGAUUGAAACAGCCAGGGAGAAAAUUUGGUUAAUCACAGGAACGUCCUCGGGUUUUGGUCGACGGCUGGUCGAUAUUGCCCUCGCUCGUGGUGACCGUGUAAUUGCAACUGCACGCUCUCUCGACGCAAUAAAGGACUUUCCUCAGUCUGAUAAAGUCCGCUUACUGCGUCUUGAUGUCACCGAUGACUGUGACCACAUUAAAACUGUGGUAGAUGAAGCCGUAGCGACAUGGGGACAUAUAGACGUUAUAGUGAACAAUGCGGGCAUGGGCAUCAAUGGACUAAUCGAGGAAGCAGGGUCAAAAGUGUUCAGAAGGGUGUUUGACACAAAUUUCUUCGGCUUAAUAGACGUUACGAAUGCUGUGUUACCACACAUGCGCGCUCGUAAAUCAGGGGUUGUCGUCUUAAUCGGUAGUCGAUCUAGUUGGAUGCCAGAGAAUAUGGUGGGUGCGUUGUAUUGUGCCUCCAAGGCUGCUGUUCGCGCGUUCGGUGAGACGCUGUCAGCUGAAGUGGAGCAAUUUGGUAUCCGAGUACUCAUAGUUGAACCGGGCGCUUUUCGCACUGAAGGGAUACUCUCAUAUCCUUUCUACGAAGAACAUUCUAUCUCGAGCUAUGAUGAUAGUCGCAACAGGAGCAAAGGUCGCCUUGGAGCAAUACAGGGCAAGCAAAAGGGCGACCCAGUCAAGGCUAUGGAGGUCCUUGUUGACGUUGUUAAGGGCGAAGGAAUAGCUGCUGGAAAAGUUUGGCCGUUGUAUUUACCCCUUGGCAGCGACGCGGAUGAAGCCAUACGGACGAAGUGCGAUAAGAUGGUAGGUGUAUUGGAUGAGUGGACAGAUCUGGUUGGAGAUUUGAACUUCGAUGACUCAAAUGUUAAGGCACUUGGGUAA